UUAUAGUGAAACGCGCAGCAAGAACAAAGAGAGAUUUCAAACGCCUCGUCCUCUCGAACCUUUCCCCCGUCGCUCAAAGACCUCACACAAGAAAACUAGGGUUUCCAAGGGCUUCGUCGUCGAUCUUGGUCCCUCUUGCCUCCACCGGAGCCAGAUCUCGGGCAUGGGAGCCUUUGAUACGAUCUCCGGGGGCGGGCUCUCCUAUAGCCAGGACCGGCUGCCAGCGUGGGCAAUCGCUGUGGAUGGUGCGUCGGCGCCGAUUGGGAAUUUGUCUGACCAGUUCUUGGCCCUUGACGUCGGAGGUUCGUCGAAGGAUCACCUCAUUCAGGUCAUGAAGGCCGUUGAGGAUGCUGAGGCCAUGAUUGGUUUGCAGGUGGAAGAGAAUAAACAGUUAAAGGAUGAGCUUAUGCGGAAAGAGAAAGAACUAGAACAAUAUAAGCUAGUCUCUACUUCUGUAAAGCUGCCUUCCAAUAUUCCAAUAGAUGAACAUGAUGUUGGACGUUAUAAGGUACACCAGUCAACUUCUGUAAUUGGAAAUGAAUCGGACGGAUUCAGAUGGGCAGGUAAUGGUUCCUUAGCUGACCCUUAUGGCGCACUCAACUUUUGUCAGACUGGAGCCCAAGCAAGUGAGGCACCUUCGUUACCACCUAGCUCUGGAGACAUCCUUUAUUCUGAGAGAAUCAAUGUGGAUGGAACUUUGAAGAGUUUUUCUGGACUCCGUACUGGCUCCGAGAAUUCUAACUUAUCUCAGUUAGCUGGUUCAUCAUCUAGAUCAUUCUCUCCAAACAGACAUCAGGGGGAAGGUGAAUAUGAUUCCAGGAUUACUUUGCCUGGUCAUCGACUAUUGCCUGUAUCAGAUGUUAACUCAAAUGUUCUUCUGAAGCAGGAUCUUGCUAACAAGGUGAGGGAGCGCGAAGAAGAAAUUCUUCAGUUAAGGAAGCAUCUUGCUGCUUAUUCUGUGAAGGAGGAGCAAAUACGUGGCGAGAAAUGUGUUCUAGAAAAACGCAUUGCAUAUAUGCGUGCGGCAUUUGACCGGCAGCAACAGGACUUGGUUGAGGCAGCAUCAAAAUCUCUUUCGUACAGACAGGAUAUAAUGGAGGAGAAUGUCCGUCUUUCAUAUGCGUUGCAAGCAGCACAAGACGAAAGAAGAACUUUUGUUUCUUCCUUGAUGCCUCUGCUUGAAGAAUACAGUCUCCAGCCAUCUAUCAUAGAUGCUCAAUCUAUUGUUAGUAGUUUAAAGAUUUUGUUUAAACAUCUUCAGGAAAGACUAUUCACUACCGAGGAGAAGUUAAGAGAAUCCCAAUACCAGGUGGCUCCAUGGCAUCCGGAAAUAUCAAACAACACAAGCUUCCCUCCGCAGUCACCUUCCCAUCUUCCUGCUACACCCCGUGCUCCUUUGAGCAAAAAUGCCCUAGAAAUUGUACCUCAAGCACCAUAUUCUCAUGGGCAGUCUCCGGUUUCUUCUCCUUCCAACCUUCAAACAAGGGUUGACUGGGAGACUUUAGCCAACCAAAGUCAUCAUGCUGCUCCAAGUAGGGUUGCCAUGAAUAAUCUAGACCGCGAAAACUUAGAUAGGAGUACUCCCACUGUUAGCAGGACUUCCAUGACACAAGAUACAUCAACUGGAGUAAAUCAAGGUGUUGUGCAUCAUAGUGCUGAAUCCCAGAAUCAGACUCCAUCUUUCAAGGAAUUUACUCCAGGAAACGUGGUUGAUGACUCUGAUGCUGUUGCAUUUCCGCAUGGUAGGGAAACAUCCGGCUAUUGGGGUUCUGGAAACAUACCUGCGCCUGAUGAUGGCAAUUCUUCUUAUCCUUAUCUGCCACCUGUACUUGAGGAGCCCGGUUCUUCAUUUUCUGAAGCUGCAGAAGAUGAACCUUUGCCUGGAAUAGAUGGCCUUCAAAUUGCUGGUGACCCUUUCCCAGGCAGAGAACUCCAAGCAUGUGGGUAUUCAAUCAAUGGUACUACCAGCUGUAAUUUUGAGUGGGUACGCUAUUUAGAAAAUGGAGCUCCGAAUUAUAUCGAGGGAGCAAAGCAACCCAAAUAUCUUGUUACUGCUGAUGAUGUUGAUACUGUACUUGCCAUUGAAGUUCAGCCUCUGGAUAACAGGAAGCGGAAGGGAGAACUUGUUAUGGUUCUUGCUAAUGAUGGGAGAAGAAUAACAUGUGAUGCCGAAAUGAAAGAUCAAGUUGAGAGAGCCUACCGUGCUUUUCAUGCAUCAUUUGAAGUAUUGAUAUCAGCUGGAGCUCUAGAUAUUUGGGAGCCUGCUACAUUGGCAAUUAAGAGGGAUGCUUACAGUAUAAAGCGCAAUGGACCACGAGGGGUUGUGGUGGAGGAGAAAUUUCAACCAGCCGUUGCUAUAACAAUUCCAUUCGGACAAGCCAAUGAAUUUGCAAUUAGUUCUCCUGGUGGGGAGUAUCUGUUAAAGGCUGUUGAAACUGGCGUGUCAAGAGAUACAAUUGUCCUCACCAUGAGAAUGCUAAAAAUGAGGGCUGUGGAGAAAAGGAAAGGAAGGAAGCGAGGUCUGUUCUUCAAGUAGAUUUGGGUCUACUUCAUCACAAGUUCCUCAAAGGACUUGUUUUCAUUUGUUUGUACAUGUUUGCAUGAAUGUAUAUCCUGUGAAAAUAUUUGCAAUAGCGCCACCACAUUCACUUUUAGAAGUGGUCAAUUUUUUCAAUUAGAGUAAGAUCACUUGCCCUUCUUGGUCAUUUUUGUGAAUUGCAUGUAACCAAAUGUUAUAUAGAUUUUUUAGGAUAUUUUCACAUUUGUAUGCCAUUGACUUUCUUGUUUGUAUUCCCUCUCUCUGUGGCUCUUACAAUUAACAAGCUAAUGAAGCCGGGCAUUUAUUUGGUUUGA